AUCUUGCCGAAUGUGCAGCUCAUUUUCCACAGGUUCUGUUAUCUUUGCAGUCAAGACCAAAUUCCGAAUAAAAAUGUAUUCAUGUUAUAGAAUAAAUUGAGCGUUUAGUGACGUGAUACGUGAUAGUAUAAUUGAUAUAUCGGUCAUGUUAUAAAUAUCAAAGACUGCUGACAGCAUUGCGACGAAUAUCGAAAAGAAAAUUUUAUGAAGUUCGGAGUAAAUUCAUCAUUUCGAGAAUAUAUUACAUCACUAUUUCUCCGAAUUUUGGGCAUUAAUGCUCAUAAUAUACAGAUGAGAUAUGCGGCAUCAAGUUGGAGGAAAUCCUUGGCAAAUCUCUCUGCUUGACCUAUCUAUUGCUACGAGCUACAACAUCUGUGCUCAUCCACGAAAUGUCUGCGGUAGAGGCAACACCAUUCAUUCGCACCAUCGAAUGGGAUAUGAUGGACAAGACCAAAUUCUUUCCACUCAGCAUGCUGUCUUCAUUCUCGGUCAGGUGUUGCCUGUAUCCUCUGACAGUGAUCAAGACUCGUCUUCAGGUGCAAAGACAAAAUCACAUGUAUAAUGGUAUGAUAGAUGCGUGUAGAAAAAUUUACAAAGUUGAAGGUGUCUCGGGCCUUUACAGAGGCUUUUGGAUAAGCUCUAUUCAGAUCGUUUCCGGAGUAUUUUACGUAUCGACAUACGAAGGUGUACGCCAUUUAUUGACUGAUACAUCCCUUGGACGUGUUGACUCAAAAGUGAAAGCAUUGAUCGCUGGCGGUGCCGCCAGUUUGGUUGGGCAAACAAUUGUCGUGCCCUUCGAUGUACUCAGUCAACAUCUAAUGGUGCUCGGUAUAAAUAGCACUAAGCAUGGUAGAGUGUAUAUGGAUAAGAUGGGAAUGAACCCAUUAGGUUUGACCCUCGAACCCGGAAAAACCCGCGCACAAAUUUCUGCCGAAAUAAUAAGGCUAAUUUAUCAGAGAGAUGGUUAUCGCGGUUUUUAUCGUGGAUACGUGGCAUCUCUGUGCGCGUAUGUACCUAAUAGCGCCCUUUGGUGGGGACUGUAUACAGUUUAUCAAGACGAACUCAUAAAACUACUACCGGAAUGGUUCUCUCACUUGUGCAUACAAGCGAUGGCGGGCACGUUGGGCGGUUUCACGACUACAAUCAUCACGAAUCCCUUGGAUAUUGUGAGAGCGAGGUUGCAAGUACAACGGUUAGACAAUAUGUUCAGUGCGUUUAGGAUAUUGUGGAUUGAGGAAGGUUUGCACAUGUUUACCAAAGGACUCUCCGCGAGGCUCGUACAAUCCGCUUGCUUUAGUUUCUCGAUUAUCCUAGGUUACGAAACUAUCAAGAGAGUGAGUAUAACUGAAGAGUAUAAAAGCUACAUUCGGUGGUGAGCUUUAGAAUUACUAUUAUAAUUAAUUCAACAUAGUCUGUCUAAUGCGAUCGCGCCGUUCAAUAUUCAAUUAGUUUUUUACGCACCAAAGAAGAGACAGCUAUUGUCUAAUUUACACGUUAUUUCAUAGAAACGAAAAUAUUCCGUAAAAAAUAUCAUAUUUCAAUAAUUUUUUGAAACAAAUGCCAUCGGUUGCAUCGUAUUUAUAAUUAUUUCUCAUUGUAUAAACAAAUAAAAGUAGUAGCAAUUGUACAGAUAUCUAUUUUGUCGAAAUCACGAUUUAUGUAAUGCAAUCUCAUAAAAAAAAAAAAGAAUUUGACAUACUGUACAUAGACGACGACGGUUCCGAAUCCAACAGAUUCGACAAGACUAUACGGAAGAGUAUUUAAGUAAAUGUAAUAAAGCGCAUUUUGUAUUACAAAAUUUGUAUGCUAGCGUUAUAUGUCACAUGGAGUACAAAGUUUGUAACAUGUGUUAGAUAUGUUACUGUGAUACAAGUAUGCCCCGUUCGUAAUUUAAAGAUGGCCUGCAUAUUAGAUGUACAUAUUAUAUAUAUAUAUAUAUACCUAUAUAUAUCUUCGUUCAUGGUGUUGAGAUGUUACUGAACAUGAUCCUAGUCACAAAUAUGAAUAUGUAGCGCGCAUGUGUACAUAUAUCGGCCGUCUUGAAAAUACGAGUUUAGUGUUAAUAUCUGAAUUAAGUGGGUUAUUGGUUCAUUGAAAUGAUAGUAGAAAAUGUACCAUAAAGAUUUAAGAGAAAUGUAACUAUUUAAUAUUCCCA